CAAACUGCUGCAGCCUCUCUCAACUGGUGUCUUCCACCUCAUUCAUAAUUUUUGCCUUCCUGACCACACUCUGAUAUGUCCCAGUUUUCAUCUGUGUGAAGAACUGUCAUCCAGGGCUCCAGAUUCUGCCCUUGAUCUCAAGAAUCAGCUGAGAAAGACAGAAUAGAAACUCUCCUGUCUGGGGUGUCACAACCCACUGUUGCUUUUGCCACUUACAGCACAAGCCUAAGUGAAGACUGGCUAUCAAUGAGUUUCACCCCCCAAGAACGGAUAAAUAUGGGAUGAGAUUGUAGAGCUUAUGUGAGUACAGUACAGUAUAUGCAGCCCUAAGCUGGAAAUUAGCUUGUCCCAGGGGUGCCUUUUAAGGUUUGGAUGCCAAGAGAGAUUUCAGAAUGGCUUGUGCACAAUCCAAAAAAAUUCUAUUUUUAGAUACAUACAGCAUUAAAUUGAAGAAGAAAGAAGAAGAAAGAAAAAAAAUCCCAAAGUACAUCUCAAGACAAGCUGCUGUGGCUAUUUUUUCUAUUGGGUCAAUAACUAGUGGAAGCAGAUACUGGUUAAGCCAUUGGUACAUAUAUACCUCAAGAUGUGAAUGGCUUUGAAACGUGCUUGAAGAAUUUCUCCUGGUUCACUUUCCAACAACUGCCUCCACAACUCCUAUUGCACUUGUUAUAUGAAACUAACAGUCCUACAGUUGAGUGCUUUUCCUUUUGGACAGAAACCAUGAGAGGCUCCUGGUGGAGUCUUCUCUCAUUCACCGUAGCUCUUUUCCUGGGGAUGGCUGAUGGUCAGAGAGACUUUGCUGGACAAAUUGAUCAAAGUCCUUCCUUCAGAACCGAACCUGGCAGCAGAGAUGCAAAUCGGCUAAGAUUCUGGAAUCAAGGUAGCUUGGGACCGACAAACAAGGUAUUCAAUUUAUUCCAAGUAAACGGCCCCUCUUCUCCCUUAGUUCCUGCAACUCCUCAAGCUGAUGUAGUUGGCCAUGCCCGGAUGAGAAACCUGGUAGGGAGAGAUAACCGAAAACCUAACUCUGCUCCCAUAAGCAUGAGAUCCCAGACGAGCCUAGAUGCUCUAGGCAGAAGCCUGAGUUGGACUGUGCAGCAGAGACAAAGGACAGACUCUUCAUACCAGUGGUCACAAAAUGGGCCACGACCACAGAAAGCAACACAACCACGGAUGCAAAAUUCUCGAGGCCGGAUGAUUGGGCCUAAUAUCUGUGGAGGACAAUGCUGCUCAGGGUGGUCAACUGCUCCUGGGACAAAUCGCUGCAUUAAACCUGUGUGUGACCCUCCAUGCCAGAACAAAGGAUCCUGCAGUCGCCCUCAGCUCUGUAUUUGCCGUUCCGGUUUCAGAGGCUCCCGAUGUGAAGAGGUGGUUCCUGAACAAGAGUAUCAUCCACCUGGCCUUGCAACUGCCUUACAGCCUUCAGGAAGCUCACAUUUAAGAAGAAUGGGCAGUGCAUUCAGAGAAGGCACACCAAGAGGAGAACAGCUACCUCCAGCCCAGAAGCUACCAGCAGGGACUCAGAGCAGAAGUGGCUCCAUUGUUACCUUGCAACAGCACACAGGGCCCUCCCGCACAGUCCGACGCUAUCCUGCCACAAAUAAUGACCAGUUAACAUCAAAUGUGUUGCCGAAUGUGAAUGGAUUUGAUCAGAGCAGUUCUGGACCACGUACAGCCUAUCCAGAGCCUACUUCAUCUCUGUGGGGUGUCAACCUUACAGAAAAAAUCAGGAAGAUAAAAAUUGUCUUCACUCCCACAAUCUGUAAACAGACUUGUCGGCAUGGCCGCUGCUACAAUAGCUGUGAGAAAGGGGAUACCACCACCCUGUACAGCCAGGGUGGACAUGAUCCUGACCCCAAAUCUGGUUUUCGUAUAUAUUUCUGCCAAAUUCCCUGUCUAAAUGGGGGACGCUGUGUAGGCAGAGAUGAAUGCUGGUGUCCAUCUAAUUCAACGGGAAAGUUUUGCCACCUACCAGCUUUAAAACCGGAAAGAAGACAAGCGCCAAAUAGUCUGGCAAGUGGCCCUAUGAAGCAUUCCAUGUACACACUUCCUCUGUCUAAUCAACUUGCAUCAAUAAACCCGUCCCUUGUGAAUGUACAUAUCAACCACCCUCCGGAAGCUGCGGUGCAGAUCCAUCAGGUGGCCAGAGUAAAAGGUGACUCAGACCAGUCAGAGGAGAACAGUGUUGAAAGUAUGUUGAUAUCUCGGCUUACCACAAACCUCCAGUAUGGUGAUAAUGCCACAGGCAGUAGCAACAAUAUUGUCACAGGUGGCAACCAGCAGCAGAGGCCUCAGAGCCUCAUGGGAAGAUGUUACUUGGAGACACUACAUGGAAAGUGUGCUGAGCCAUUGCCUGGCCUGGCUAAGUAUGAAGAUUGUUGUGGGAGUGUGGGAGUCUUUUGGGGGGUCAGCAGAUGCAUCCCAUGCCCACUGAAACCAGAUCACCCAGUGAUUGAAAAUGGACAAGUUGAAUGCCCACAGGGUUAUAAGAGGUUGAAUCGGAGCCACUGCCAAGAUAUCAAUGAAUGUCAAAUCCGUGGCGUAUGUAAAGAUGCAGAAUGUGUGAAUACCCGUGGCAGUUUCCUCUGCACUUGUAAGUCAGGUACCAUGCUGGAUCCAUCCCGCAGUCACUGUGUUUCUGAUAAAGCGGUUUCAACAGAGCAGGGAAUGUGCUAUCGCUCGGCAGUAGGAGGAGUGUGUGCCCUGCCACUCAAUCAACGUAUUACCAAACAGAUUUGCUGUUGCAGUCGUGUUGGCAAAGGCUGGGGGUUAAAUUGUGAGAAGUGUCCUUUGCCAGGCUCUGAAGCCUUUAAGGAGAUUUGCCCUGCUGGCCAUGGCUACACUUAUUCCAGCUCUGACAUACGGAUGUCCAUGAGAAAGGCAGAAGCAGAUGAGCUACCACACAACUCAGAGGAGCAGAGGGAAAUCACUGACAAGAUUCCUGACUGGACAGUAAGACAUCAGCAGCUGCAGGAGGUCUUAAGUGGUGGCAUCACAGAUACAUUCUCUAAGACUGACAUCUCUGCAGGAAAAGGGGACUUUGAAGAAGAUCAGGAUACGGAUGAUGCUGUCCAAGAAACAGACAUCAGUCCAGGUAAAUUGCAAAGUAAUGCUGAAUAUGAAGAAGAUGUGGUAGAGAUUUCUCCUUAUUCUCCUGCCCACCCAUUUCCAGUAGCUUUUGGGGAAGAUGCUGCUCCCACUGACAUACCAACAAUAUUUACAGAAACAAAUAUGUGCUCCUCUUCACCCAGCAUCUGUGGUCCAGGCACCUGUGUCAGCCUGCCAGGAGGAUAUGCCUGUUUGUGCUAUCCAGGCUAUCAACAGCAUCCCAGUCACACCUAUUGCACUGAUGUUGAUGAGUGUGAAAGAAAUCCAUGUGAUGGAAAAGGUCACUGCAACAAUAAUGAAGGCUCUUAUUCCUGCCUAUGUUUCUCUGGCUAUACCCUUCUUGUUUCACAGAACACACAAACAUGCCAGGAUCUAAAUGAGUGUGACCAGCCAAGUGUGUGCCAUGGAGGGCAAUGUAUCAAUACACCUGGAUCUUAUCACUGUGAAUGUAAAAUAGGUUAUAUCAUGGAUCACAGAGGACAAUGCGAAGAUAUUGAUGAGUGUGCAACUCACAACAUCUGUCCUAGAGGACGCUGCAUCAACACCGAGGGCUCCUUUUCUUGUAUGGCUUGUGGCACUGGAUAUAUUGCAUCUAGGGAUGGAAGAACAUGUGAAGAUAUUGAUGAAUGUCUCUCACGCAUGGCUUGUCCCCAAGGAAUCUGCAUUAAUACACCAGGUUCAUUCACGUGCCAGUCCUGUGACAGUGGCUAUGUGCUCUCAGCUAACCGACUCACUUGUGAAGAUAUUAAUGAGUGUGAAGACCCCAACACUCACUGCCUGGGAGGUGAGUGCUUAAAUACACUGGGAUCAUACAUCUGCCACUGCCGGCCUGGAUUUGAGCUCUACAAUGGGACCAUGUGUGAAGAUCUGAAUGAGUGCCUGGACAGUAGCAUCUGCAGCCCUAAUGGCGAGUGCCUGAACAGCCAUGGGUCCUAUUUUUGUAUUUGUGCCCUUGGCUUCUCAAAUGCUGCUGGUGGAGUCAGCUGUCAAGAUGUAGAUGAGUGUUCAGAUCAUUCCAGGUGUUUGCAUGGCCAGUGCCUCAACACAGAAGGUUCUUACAGAUGUUUAUGUCAAACUGGCUUCAGGCAUUCCCAGGAGACAGAUGACUGCAUAGAUGUGGAUGAGUGUGAAGAAUAUGGGGAUGCUGCUUGUGGCUCCUGGCGAUGCCAGAACACCUUGGGUUCAUACCACUGCAUUAUGGGAUGCUCACCUGGCUUCCAUCGCACACCGUUUGGUGAAUGCAUUGAUAUUGAUGAAUGUGGUAAUGAGACAUUAUGUGGAAACCAUGCUUUUUGUGACAACACUGAUGGUUCAUUCCGUUGUCUGUGUGACCGUGGCUAUGAAAACUCACCUUCUGGCCAUGACUGUAUUGAUGUGAAUGAGUGUGAGCUGAUGGUUGCAGUGUGUGGGACUGCACUUUGUGAAAAUGUAGAAGGAGCCUUCCUGUGUCUGUGUCCCAGUGACCAUGAAGAAUAUGAUACUGAAGCAGGAGAAUGCCGUCCCCGAAUAGGCAUGGGAGAACCUGGAAGGCCGGUGUCUUUGUAUCCCAGUAUCUCAGAAAGGAAGGAAUGCUACUAUCACAUCAGUGACACCCCACUAUGUGACAGCGUUUUGGCCAACAAUACCACCAAGGAGGAAUGCUGCUGCACUGAAGGAGCAGCCUGGGGAGACAAUUGUGAAACACAUCCAUGCCCUAUUAUUGGCUCAGUGGAUUACAUUAAGAUUUGCCCCAGUGGGAAGGGCUAUAUCCCAGUGGAAGGGACGCUUAUUUUUGGACAGACAUCUUAUACAGAUGCUGAUGAAUGUGAAAUGUUUGGCCUUGAGGUCUGUCGUAAUGGACACUGUGUGAAUACUGUGCCAGGAUACACUUGCUUCUGCCAACCUGGAUAUUUUUAUGACUCCAGCAAGCUUGAGUGUAUUGAUCUGGAUGAAUGUGAGGAUGAAGAGACCUGUGCAAAUGGGAAGUGUCUCAACACUGCUGGUUCCUAUCAUUGCUUCUGUAACCUCCCCUUGGUGCUGGAUGCAACCCGUAACCGUUGCAUCAACGUCUCUAACAGUGCGGAUGAUGUGGAUGAACAUGACAUUCAUUUGGAUGUCUGCUGGCAGAGUGUCUCCAACUACAUCUGUAAUCAGCCACUGCUCGGGCAACGCACCACAUACACAGAAUGCUGCUGCCGUUAUGGAGAGGCCUGGAGCCAGGACUGUGCACUUUGUCCUCCCAGGUCCUCUGAGGAUUUUGCUCAGCUGUGCAAUGUUGCCAGGGGUGAAACUGGACUCCAGGAAAGGUCUGGCUAUGAAUAUGGGCCAAAUCAGGAAGAUCAUCACUAUGGACUCUACAGCCCAGAUUUAGAGCCAUACUACAACAACUUGGGACUUGAAUAUGGAACACCUGAGAGCAGCCACUCUAACAGAGAACAAAGCAAUGAAUUUGAAGAUGUCACAUCCCAACAAGCACCACAGUAUCGUCCAAUACAGACGCAGCCUCACUUCUUGCCUGGCCAAACUGGGCACUACAGCAGCUUUGAAGGACUGCAGGCAGAGGAGUGUGGGAUCUUGAAUGGCUGUGAUAAUGGCCGCUGUGUUCGAGUGCAGGAGGGUUACACUUGUGACUGCUUUGAUGGCUUCCAAUUAGAUUUGAUCCGUAUGGCCUGUGUGGAUGUUAACGAGUGUGAAGAAGCAAAUUCCUCUGUGACCCUGUGUGAAGGCAGCACCUGUGAGAACACAGAGGGCUCCUAUCGUUGUAACUGUUUGCCUGGCUAUGUAGCUUUACCAGAGCCCCACCGUUGUGUGCCAGAAACAGCCCAGAAUCCAGAUGCAGCGUGACUCUCGAAGCACUGAUGGAACAGAGGCAAUUCUUUUAGCCAUUUGCUUUCGGAGAACUGGAGGUCUGUCCAGCUGGAAAGGUUACUGGGAGAUCAGCAGCUUUAAAACUUAUUGUUUUCCAAAGACCAAAAACUCAACAGGGUAAGCUCCCUGCUUCUGUAACAGUCUAAACACUCAGGGCUCAGUCCUAUCAUUACAUGCUGUUUGAUAUGUUGUCCCUAUUUCUUCUCACAGGUUCUCGGCCUCUAGUUACUGAUGAGCAUAGUGUCAGUCAACAGUAUGUUCACCCCAAUCAUCUCUCUUGGCCCUCAGUACAUUUCAUGAACUUGCAGGCUUUCAUGUCCCAAGAAUUAUUCUCACAAGACCUUAUUCCUAUGUACAGUAUUCACUCCCCACAUUGCCUAGGAUCUAUGCCUUUCAUAGGCUCACUGCAUUUUAAUUCUACUUAUAAUCCUUACCUGACCCUCCUUAGGUACACAGCCUGAGAGUCUAGUUGCUUGGCCACAACUGGGCAAGUGACAAAAACUUCAAGACUUCUUCUAGUUCAGUGUGCUAAAGGAGGUAGCAUCACACCCACCACACAGAUAUUGACAGACUUUGUAGCUUUUUUAGUGACUGAGACACGUUCCCAUUCCACAGAUGACAUAGGAGUGUUUCUCCCCAAUGAUUCUACACAUGCCCUUGGUUAACAUUCCCUGAAAGCCCCUCUCAUUGGCAAAGCAAAGGGCUCAGCCUCCAGUACCUGAGCCUGGAACAGGGGCUGCCCAUUUUCAGAUUGUAUGGAUUCUAUUUAUAGUCUGGCAGUAGCUUGGACUGCAGGGGGCAUUUUGGCUCAGUCUCUCUUUAUUCUUCCAAGCCAUGGGCGUUCAUCCUUGUGCUUUCCUUGACUGUUGGAAUAUUAGUUUUGGUAACAAGAAGGAGGAUUCCAGCCUUUACAUUUUGGGAAGUGCUCUCGUGAUGUUUUCUACUGGGGAGAAUACAACAUGAUGUUAAAUAAAUGGUUUUAUAUUGUGCCUUAUGGUUUACAGACUGGAGUAACAUGAUUUCUGUUUUCAACCUUCCAAGCUUAGAACCAGAAGCUAAUGGGGGAAAGAGAACAAAAAGCCAGAUCUUGUCAAUUCAGUGAAGAAGAAGAGAGCUAGAGUCUUCUUACAGAAUGAAUGGGAGCAUUCUUCCCCAC